GCAUUGCUGGUGUUUGCUUAAUAUGGAACGAAAACAAAUUAAUUUUCCCUUCAGAAACAUAGUUUUCGUUUUUAAUAAACGGGUUUUUCAAGUUAUUUUGUGUAUGGUUGAGACAUCAGCCCGAAGAACAGUUACAGCUGUUUCAACAUCUUGGGGAAUCAUGUAAUCUAUGCGGUCUGUUAUCUAUGGAUAGGCAUGCCAAUGCAGCUGAUGAUGCCAUUACCUUCGAAGGUGCUGUCAAAGUUUAAUUAUCAAACUAGGCCACGUGUUUGCAGCGAUUUCUCGUUCGAAAGUCGCUGUAUAAAAGUGAGAGACAGCACCAGACGGAGCAUCAGUUCAAUUCGUACUUUAAAGCCAAAUACAAUGAAGAUCAGUCUUGCAUUCAUACUUGUCGCAGCCGCCUGCGUCUGCACGACCCAUGCACUGGGCGGCACCAGCAGCGAAGGAUUCGACUAUGUCUGGGGUGCUAAGGUAGCAGCCAGCCAGCUGAUCGCCCGCGAGGUCGUCUACAGAAGCAAGACUCUGCUCGGGACCACAACAAAGACAUACACGCUCACACAGGACCCGACUGCGCCAAAAACCAUCCAGUACAUAGCCAUUACAAAUCUGAAACGGAUGCGAGGCGCCACAGCUGAAAUCACGUCCGGCGGUGUGGGCUCCCAAUCAGUCACAAUCAAAUUCACCUCGGCCCGCGGUGGCGCCAUCAAGUCUCAGGUGGAAAUUUGGGGUGCAUAAGAAUCGCUUAAAAUA